UGCGCCAUAAAUCCGUGUAAAAAUGGCGGGAAGUGUAGAUCGCAUCUUAACCAGUAUUAUUGCGUCUGCGAUGAUUCCUUCACAAAGAGAGAUUGCUCUAAACAAACUGACCUCUGCAACCCUAACCCCUGCCAGAACAAUGGCGACUGCGUGGAUGGCUUGCACGACUACACGUGCAUCUGCAGCAAGGGGCAUGGCGGUAAAAACUGCCAACAUGAAAAACGGCAAUGUAUCGGUUUCGACCGAUGCAAAAAUGGAGGGAGGUGUAUGGAAGAGAUCAACGACUUCUCGUGCAAGUGCCUCUCUGGUUUCUGUGGCAAGGAUUGCUCCAAAAAUGGGAACAGCUGUGAUCCUAAUCCGUGCAAGAACAAAGGCACGUGCACAGAUGGCAUGCGGUCAUACGCGUGCACUUGCAUGGAUGGCUACACUGGAGUCAACUGCGAAAAAGGUGUCGUUCGUUUUAUUUUAUUCGUUCAUCUGCCUGUAUUUUUAUUAAAAUUAUUUUAUAUGUCUGUCUAUUUAUUCACCUGUCUGACAGCCUUUCUAUCUGUCUGUCUGACUGUUUAUAUAUAUUUCUAUCUAUCUAUCAUAUAUCUAUCUGUCGGUUUGUCUGACUGUUUGUCUUUCUGUCCGUUUGCCGACCUAUCUAACCAUCCAUCCAUCUAUCCAUCUAUCUCAUUUAUCUAUUUUAAAAUAAAAUUAACAAAAACAGACCUAUUUAUUUGA